AUGCCCUUCGUGGAGGCAUUAUCGAAGAUGCCUAGGUAUGCCAAGUUCAUGAAAUAUCUCCUCACCAACAAGAGGAAGCUUGGGGAGCUGUCAACGGUGAUGCUCAACGAGGAGUGUUCUGCCAUCCUACAGAACAAACUACCAGAGAAGCGAAAAGACCCAGGGAGUUUCACUAUACCUUGCAUGAUUGGUAGUUUGCAUAUAGGGAAGUCCUUGGCGGAUUUAGGCGCUAGCAUAAAUGUCAUGCCAUAUAAACUGUUUCAAAAGCUAAGCCUAGGUGAACCCAGUGAUACUAGGAGCGAGUUCAGGGUCGAUUGGACGAAGGUCGGGCGCGAGGAAAGUAAAAAAGGAAGCCACACGGGCACACACUGA